AUGAAGAAGUACUUGGAUCGCCAUCAUCAGAGUCACAGUCUUCGCAGUAUGAGUGCUAGUGCUACCAGUGUUACCAGUCGAAGCAGUAAUCGAGGAGGAAUGACGGGCAAAGACGACUUGACGGAGAGAGACGACGGAAGUGAUCGUCCCGAUGCGAGUGUGACGGAUCGUACUACUGGUGGAGUGGACAAUGAGAAUCCGUUCCGUGCAUCCUCUCUCGCUUUUUCGUCGUCGUCGUCGGACCAUGCUGUGGAUUCGCUGCUGAUGCCUCCUCCGUCUCCCGCUCAACGGGAUCGAUUUCACUUACUGAAGAGUUUGAAGAGCGAACGUCAUAUCAUUGAACCCGCGUUUCUGUCGCAUUCCAAGCGGGCGAACGAUUUCACACAAUCCAUGUCGCUCCAGAAACUCCAGUGGCAUCGUUUGGGAUUGUACGGACGAGACCAUGAAAUGGAGCAACUCACACAAGCAUUGACACAAGUUACAGGUGACCAAAAGAGUCGCACUUUGGUGUUGCUGGAUGGACCAAGUGGGGUCGGAAAAACGGCCUUGGCCGCCCAACUCCAAGAACCCGUCCAACGAGCUGGAGGAAUCUAUGUACUCGGCAAGUUUGAUUUGCAGCAAAUGGGAGAACCCUACAGUGGCAUUCAAAUUGCCAUGACGCAACUCUGUCACUCCAUACUGCAACUCAAACAAUUCUCGUCCGAAAAUCAAAUGGUCCAAACGGUACAACGGCAAAAGUUUGCCACCAUUCAAGCCAAACUCAUGGAACAGCUCAGUCCGGAAACGAUAGACUUACUAUCCAACCUGGUACCGUCUCUUAAGUUGGUCAUGGGACAACAUCAGCAACCACAACAGUCAUCGCAAGAGGAUCGCUACAAAUCACACCUUUCCACGGCAUCCCUCGACAUGAGCAACAGUCUCCAUGGCAGCAAUCAUCACAGUCGAUUCCUCAGCAACACGAACAGUCGUCAUCGUCUCACAAAGAUGAAGAACAAGAAUUCCAGUCCAUCACACGAUAAUAAUACCCAGCAACGCAAACAGCAACCACAACAAAAGAGACGCUCCACCAUACUGGGAGGCAAGGAAUCCGUCGAUCAACUCAAUUUUGCCUUUCGAAGUUUCGUACAGGUUCUCUCCCAUAUCAUGCCGUUGGUCAUUGUACUCGAUGACGUCCAAUGGUCUGACAAGCUAUCACUCGAUCUCGUCAAGAGUUGGAUUACCGACGUGGAAAACCAAUCCCUCAUGAUUGUUGGAUGCUACAGAUCCAACGAAGAACAUCAAUCCGUCGAUGAAAUGCUCUACGAUGUCCAACUCGUCCAGCAAGAACGCUCCAUUGAACUGCUCCAACUCCAUUUAGGGGAUUUGUCCCCGGAAUGUGUCACGGCACUAAUGGCCGAUGCCCUUACCAUGGAACCCCACCGGAUACAAUCCCUCGCAAACGUCGUCUAUCAAAAGACUCGUGGCAAUGUCUUUUAUCUCAUUCAAUUCAUGGAAUCCCUCGCCACAUCCCGGCUCUUGUCGUACAACUUUGGAUUGGGAUAUUGGACAUGGGACGAACAACAAGUCAAGUUGCGAUCCGAAAUGACUACCAAUGUCGUACAGCUCUUGCAACAAAAAAUAUCCACGGGAGUCGCCACGAAAAUGCUCCCCAAAGCGGCCUGUUUGGGGGCACGAUUCUCCUUUGAUGCCAUUUAUUGCAUCGUUACCAUGAUGGAUAACAAUGAAAACGUAAUCGAUCCACAACAACGAGGACCUGCCUACGUGCGACAAAUGCUACAGGAAUGCAUCGACGAGGGAUUCUUGGAUGCCUGUCCGGGAGAUGUCUUUGCCUUUGCGCAUGAUAAGGUACAAGAAGCCGCACUGGCACUUAUUGACGAAAAGGAUUUACCGGAAACACAAUUCCAGAUUGGGGAUUUGCUAAUGACACAGCUCGGGGACGAAGAGGCACUGGGGAGUUUGAUAUUUCCCGUUGCCAACUUGAUGAGUACCAAGGCGCGGCAGUUGGACACGCAUCAUCCCAAACGAAAAGAAAUUGCCAGAGUACAUGUCCGGGCGGGGACCAUGGCCGUGCACUACUCGGCAUUCGAAGCGGCGACCAAAUACUUUCGAACCGCACAGGAACUCUUACCCAAGGAGGAACACUGGACGACGGAUUUUGAUUUGAGUUUGACCUUGUGCACGUCGGCAGCCGAAGCCGAAUACUGCAUUGGCAACUAUACUGACAUGAAGGACUACUGCCAACAGGUGCUCAACGAACCAACGGCACCCGUAAGUGUUCGUACUCGAAUCUACAGUAUCCUCAUGGAUGCCGCAUUGGCCAAUAACAAUCAUCAAGAAGCAUUCGAGUAUGGUUUUGCCGGACUCAAGAAUACAGGAGUCAAGGUGCCCAAGAAGACUCCUGCUAUUCUGUUCUGUAUGGGAACUGGAAUCAUGAAGGCACGUCGAAAUCCAUGCCGAACGAUUCAAGCCAUGCAGAAACUACCCGAGUCGGAAGAUCCAUUGCAACUGGCCACCUUCAAGACGAUUGAAAAGAUUGGAACUGUUGGGUAUCUCACGGGCCGUCCCGAAUUAUUUGUGGCUUGUGCCUUUACCAUCUUUCACCAAAGCUUGCAACGAGGGAUUAACGGAUACUCAGCAACUGCUGUGGCACAGAUUGGCUUCGUACUGACAUGUAUUGUGGGGGAUGUUGUGAAUGGAACAAAAUAUGCCAAUGAGGCUCUCGAAAUGCUGGGCAGGGUGGAGAGUCGGGCUGUGGAAGCCAAGACAAAAUUCUUCGUUGGGAUGAUGGUGAUGCACUGGACAAAGCCCUAUGCCAGCUCUAUCACCAUUCUGAUGGAUGGGUAUCGAUGUGGCAUGAAGGGUGGUGACCCUGAGUACGCGUUCUACUGUGCCUUUUACGUCAUGUUUCUUAGUUUCCUUACAGGGAGACCUCUUGUGGGGAUUGAAAAGGAAUCAUCCAUCUACAUCAAGCAAAUGGAGGACUAUCUCCAAAUGGUGACAGUGUGGUACUUGCUGCCCGUGCUCCAGGGGGUGAUGAAUUUGCGAGACCCCUCCUCCAUCUCGACCACGGAACUGACAGGCCAAGCUAUGAAGGAAGCAGAUCUACUUUCUUCUUGUGAAACUGCCAAGCCCACCGUGUACAGUGCCAUCACCAUUCGAAUCCUCUUGGCAGCCUACUUUGGUGAGUAUCAAGUUGGAGUCGACCUAGCUGAAGAGUAUGGUGCGCCAUUGAUUGAGCAACAAGUAGGACUGCCCCACAGUGAGGUCCUGCAGUAUUCGAUUGGUCUUUGCUACUUUGCCAUGGCACGAUCCACCAAGAACAAAAAGUAUGCAAGACAUGCUAGAGAGUGUCGUAAAAAGCUCAAAAAAUGGCUCAAGAAUGGCAACCCCAACUGCUCUGGGUAUCUUGGCCUACUGAACGCCGAGGAAGCUGCACUGUCAGGGAAGAACAAGAGCAGUGUUGUGGUGGAUCUCUAUCAGAAUGCAAUUGUCUUGAAUGGGAGAUUUGGGAAUGUGCAAGAUCAAGCUCUAGCAUCUGAACGGUUGGGUGAGUUCUACCUUGAGGGAGGCAACCACUCAGAGGCGAAGGAAAUGUUCCAGGCAGCACAAGAACUGUAUUUGGAAUGGGGAGCCAAUGCCAAAGUGGAGAAGUUGACGAGUCGGAUCUCGCACUUGCCUUCAAUUAAGUUUCUAUAA